AUGUCGUUCCGCUUCCUGGAUCUGCCCAAAGAGCUGCGCCUGAUGGUGUACGAACGACUCUCGUCAACAACGUCAAGAAGAAUCAACAUCAUAACCCACACCGGCGGCGAGAACCAGAGCUACACCAUAUUAACCCUGACCAAAUUCCCUGUUGCGGUCUUGGUCACAUCAAGGAUGAUUCACAAAGAAGCAGCACGCUGUUUCGACGGGGCUAUCAUACAGAAUCCACCGAGGGCUACCCAGGUCAUGCUUGCUUCUGAUAUGGAAGCCAUUGCUGCCGCACAGUUUCAUCCAAAUGUCUCAAUGUACACCGUCACACGUAUGAUGUCCGGCAACGCUAUUGGAGAGAUGGAUAUUAAGUUACAAUACCCCACCAGUGUGACUGGGCUGACUAAACAGUACAGAUUUUCCAGUAUUUCUACUGUGGAUCCGACGCUAUAG